GCUGCUCGGACUGGCGGGGGGUCUCAGGGAGAGAACUGCGCAAGCGCAGACCCUGGCGCAGGCGCAGACGCGGCUCAGGACGCCGGUCUGGCGGCGGUUGGCGGCGCACUCGGCGGCAGUUCGGUUGGCUGAGCGGGAUCCGAGCGGGGAUUGCGAGAGCCGGCGCCAUGGUGGAGAAGGAGGAGGCUGGCGGCGGCAUCAGUGAGGAGGAGGCGGCGCAAUAUGACCGGCAGAUCCGUCUGUGGGGAUUGGAGGCUCAGAAACGGUUGCGGGCCUCCCGAGUACUUCUUGUUGGCAUGAAAGGACUUGGGGCUGAAAUUGCCAAGAAUCUCAUCCUGGCGGGAGUGAAAGGACUCACUAUGCUGGAUCAUGAACAGGUAUCUCCAGAAGAUCCCGGAGCUCAGUUCCUCAUCCGUACUGGAUCUGUGGGCAGAAACAGAGCUGAAGCCUCUCUGGAGCGAGCCCAGAAUCUCAACCCCAUGGUGGAUGUGAAAGCGGACACUGAGAAUAUAGAAACGAAAACUGAGUCUUUUUUCACCCAGUUUGAUGCAGUAUGUCUGACUUGCUGUUCCAGAGAUGUCAUAAUUAAAGUUGACCAGAUCUGUCACAAAAACAGCAUCAAGUUCUUUACAGGAGAUGUUUUUGGCUACCAUGGAUACACAUUUGCCAAUCUUGGAGAGCAUGAAUUUGUAGAAGAAAAGACCAAAGUUGCCAAAGUUAGCCAAGGAGUAGAAGAUGGGCCUGAUACCAAGAGAGCAAAACUUGAUUCACCUGAGACAACCAUGGUCAAAAAGAAAGUGGUCUUCUGCUCUGUUAAAGAAGCACUGGAAGUGGACUGGAGCGGUGAUAAGGCAAAAGCAGCUCUGAAGCGCACAACUUCGGAUUACUUUCUCCUUCAAGUGCUCCUGAAGUUCCGCACAGAUAAAGGAAGAGACCCUGCUUCUGAUACCUUUGGGGAAGAUUCAGAGUUGUUGCUCCAGAUUCGGAAUGAUGUGCUUGACUCCUUGGGUGUUAGUCCUGACCUGCUCCCCGAAGACUUUGUCAGGUAUUGCUUCUCUGAGAUGGUCCCAGUGUGUGCUGUGGUUGGAGGGAUCCUGGCCCAGGAAAUUGUGAAGGCCCUGUCUCAAAGGGACCCUCCUCACAACAAUUUCUUCUUCUUUGAUGGCAUGAAGGGGAAUGGCAUUGUCGAAUGCCUUGGCCCCAAGUGAACCCAGACCUGGCAACCAGAGAUGCAACCCGCCGUGUGCCUGCGUGUUCCCUGUCCCCGUCUAGCCCCCAUAGGCCUCUCCAAGCGAGGGAACGUGAACACAGACCCUUCCUGCAAGCAGUGAGGUGUGCAGGGGUUCUCUUUCCAGCACCCGCAGCAGCUCAACAAAGAUGUGGCUGUUGACCACCUCCCUUCGGGCACUUCGAAACUGAGUUUCAGCUGGGACCUGCCUGCUCCACUGCGCUCCCCUCAGCGGCGUCACCUAGAGCCCCUUGCUGUCUUUCCCUCUGGUUCCACCACUGUCGGAGGCGCCCCAGCAGCACCUCGUAGGCUUGAUUCCCUGCCUGCGGUUGGGUGGAGGAGCCUGACUGCAGGUGGGGGCCAAGGCCAUGGCCUGGGAAACACUGGUGCGGCCGCAGUUCCAAGUGCAGACAGGUGUCCUUAGAGAGGGAAAGCCAAUGGAAUGUAUUUCCUCCAAAGUCUGAGUCCCUGAAAAACAACAGGUGGCAUCUGGUGCGCAGCUCUUGCGUUUUAGUUUAGGAUUAGCUGAGUCGGGCCUGGAUUUUGGAAGAGAGGAAAUGUUACCAGGUCCCUUUGGGCAUUCGACGAGACCUUACGAAUUAAGUACUAGUUGGAAACUUGUUUUAAAAGGCAGAUUCCAGGGCCUGCCCCCACCAUGCUGAUUCUUUGAAGCCCAGCUAGGAAGGAGGAGCUUGGCCUUAGCUAGCAGAGCCCCUCAGCCAGUGCGCCCCGCCUGCUGGGGGAAGUUGUUGCUUUAAGGGCUGUGUGGGUCUUUCUUUUGCCCCCUGAAUCGCAGCUGUUUGUGUUUUUUGGAUUUUCAGGGUUUCCUUGGUUGUUUAAAAAGAAAUAACAGAAAUAAAGUUAUUUGCUUUGG